AUGAGAUUUGUUUUGUUACUGGGGAGUGUGUUGUCAAGCAUAUUUUUAUCUGUACCUGAUCUUCAAAGAAGUGAUUUGGCAAGCAAGGAAAUUUUUCUUGCGUAUAUAUACUAUUCACGGCCCAAUAUGAGUUGUGCAGCUUGUGAAAUGUUUAACAAGAAUAUUUCUGAGUUGCAGAGGUAUAUACCAGUCAAGAAGAUAAACUUUUUUGAAGAGCCAAGGCUAGGAUCGAGCUUUUACACGUUUUUGUUUCCUUCUUUUGUUGUGCGUGAUGAAGGGCGAAGCUAUCAUCUUCCAGUGGAUGAUUAUGCAGAUUUGGAGGCGAUUGUGCGAGAGAAGCGGUGGAGGGAGUUUAAAGUGACAAGGAGAUGGAUGGAUGUUGACUCUUACUUUAUAAAGGUUUAUUCUGUUGCUAAUCAUGUGUUUUUUGCAUUGAUGCAGCGAUCUUACAAGGUGAUUGAUGUGAUCCCUGGAUGGAUUGUGUCUCUAGGGUUUAGUGGCGCAAUUGCAUAUAUGCUGUAUUGCAUAUGCAUUAUUUUUGUGGUUCCUGGAGAGAAGGAGAAGAGGGAAUAA